GGUUUUUCAAUGGACAAGAAAAUAAGAACGUGGCAAAGUGGUAGAGAUCGAGAAAUAUGGGGAGCAGAGAAGCGGAAAUGGAAAUGGCAGCAGCUCAACCAUGCCCUUGUUCUUCCUUCAUCUUCUUCACCCAUAAAUCCCACCUCCAUAAUUUCAUUCAUUUGCCACUUUGCCCUCUCUCUUACUCUCAUUUACGCCGUCGUUUCAGCUCAUGUGCAGCCAGAGAUAGCAGCAGCAGCAGUAGAAGGAGAAGAAGCAAGUGGGACCCUAAUGCUGAGAAUAUUCGUGCCAAAGGCUUCAGCUUCAACACCCAAAACGAUGGCGACGACGAAGAAAGAGAUGAUUAUUAUGAAGAAAUGGCAAAUUCCGGGAUUUUGGACGAAGCAAUUGAUAGCAUUUGGAUUUUGAAGGUUUUCAAAUCCUUUGGUUGGACGCUACCAGUCAUUUUACUUUCCUUCUUGUUUGCCACUGGCCCAAAAGCUUUCCUCAUGGCAUUAGCACUUCCACUUGGGCAGUCAGCAAUAACUUUGGCACUUGAAAGGUUUUUGGGAAGGUCACAAAACAAGCAGAAGCGUAAGGUCAGGGUAAGAAAAAAACCAAAAAAUACAUCUCGGCGCACUGUAAAAAAUGUUAAAAUGGAGGAAGAGGUACAAGAAGGCCAAAAAAGCAGAAAGGGAAGAAGGGAUUAUCAAUCAUGGAUAGUUAGUGAUGAUGGUUCUCCCAAUGAGGGUGGCAAUGCUGCAACCAACUUUGGUGGAUGGGAUGAGCUAGAUGGAAAGGGAUCAAUGAAAAUGCCAACAAUGGAAAAUGGCUCAAAAAGGACAUCAAAGGAGGAGGGCAAGUUGAGUAUGAAAGAAAGUAACAAUGAUGCACCUUUGCUGUUGAGAUUGUUGAUUGCUGUUUUCCCAUUUUUAGGUUCUUGGACUAAGAUGUUUUGGUGAUCCCAUCUAGCAAGCUUAAGGUUCGUGCAUGGCAUCUUUUCUUUCUUGUCUUUAGCCCAAAAGGAUUGCUUGUUCUGGUUCAUGCUUGACUAUUUUAUAGCUCAUGCUUGAGGCCAGAAUCAUAGAUCAACAAUCAUAAACAAAAUCAUUUUUUAACGCAUUUUAAUAUAUCAUUAUACGAGUCUAGUUAUAAGCAUAUAUACAGCAUUUUUUUUUUCUUGCUAAAAUUCCCAUUGUCUUUGCAAUUCUUGUUCUGGUUUAGGGUUGGGAUUUGUUUGUAUCUUGAAACAUUGUCU